CAAUGCGCCAUCUUGGACUCAUUCUGCAAUUUCCUCCGCCUCGACCAUGAAGCUCGCCAUCAUCCUCGCCACUGCCGCCUACGCCACGGCCUGCACCAACGUCUCCGUCGAGGGCGACGCCACCUACUGCAUUGAAGGCGCCAUCUGCGGCGGCAACGGCAGCGCCUGCCCCAAGCAAGGCGACUGGGCCUCGGGCGACUGCAAGGCCGGCCUCUUCUCCUCCAAGAACGGCUGGUGCCAGGCCCCCGAGUCGGCCGUCUGCUUGACGCUCAAGACGGGCGCUCGCGGCUGUGUGUACCCGUCGAAGGGGC